AUGGCAGCAUCGGUUCACUCAUCAAGUCUGCAGAUCAGCAUUGAUCUGGAUCCCCAACUCCUUCUUGGACCUGUCGAUACUGAGUCCACUCAGAUUUCAGGUACACCGUUGAAGGAAUCAAAAUGUACAAUGGUACCCAGAAAACAGCGACGUGGUCUACUAGGUCAGUUUGUCAUUCUUCCCGAGUAUUCGGAUGCUAGAGAUUACCCGAAUGCGUUCAAAAGUGUGAUCGUAUUUAUCGUUUCCCUUUCGGCCAUCACCGGACCUAUGGGAGUUUCGAUUAUGAUGCCAGCUCUUGAAGACAUCGUAACUGAGCUUCACACGUCCACGCGAGUUGUCAAUAUAUCUGUGGGGACUUACGUGCUUCUGUUUGGCGUAUUUCCAAUGUGGUGGUCAUUGUGCCUGGAAAGAUAUGGUCGGCGAACGGCAUUUCUCAUAAGUUUCUCCUUGUUCUUUGGAUUUAGUUUUGGUACUGCCUUAACACCAAACAUUGCGGGUCUUAUUAUCUUCAGAAUCCUUCAAGGGGGAUGCUCGGCUCUGGCACAAGCUUUGGGAGCAGGCAUUAUUGCUGAUUUAUACGUCCCACAAGAAAGAGGUAAGGCGAUGGGGUAUUAUUUUUUAGGGCCGCUUUGUGGUCCAUUUUUAGCACCCAUAAUAGGUGGAGCAGUGGCUCAAGGUUGGGGAUGGCGAGCCACUCAAUGGGUACUAGUGAUUGUCUCAGGUUUCAAUACAUUUCUUAUAAUGUUCUUUCUUCCUGAGACUCUUCGCCAAGGUGAGGCUCCCCUAGCGUCGACACAACACGAUAGAGAAGUACACGACGAUGGAGAAGUACAAGACGAUGUUGAGCCGGUGGCAGAUCCUUACUUGCAAACAUUAUCUCGAGUUUCAACAGGGAAGUCCCUCUACUCAUUACACGUUAGGAAUGCCACCAGCUGUAUGAGUACAAAAGGUACAACUUUUUCAUGGUGGGAUCCAAUUUAUAAUAUGCUUGUCAGACCUUUGCAUUCUUUGGUUUUAUUUAGGCAUCCUCCCGUUGCACUAGUCAUAGGAUAUUCAGGGAUCAUGUUUUCCGUGAUAUUUUUCAUCAACAUGACCAUAACAUAUGAAUAUUCGAGAUUCCCCUAUAAUAUGCUGCCCAUAAUUAUUGGUUUAUUAUACAUUCCUAACUCGGUUGCUUACAUCCUUGCACUGAUGAUCGGUGGUCGUUGGAAUGACCACUUUUUGAAGAAAUAUGCUCGAGAACACAAUGGCGAGAUAAGACCCGAACUGAGAAUCCUGUGGAAUGUGGCAAUAGCGGUUAGUAUGUUUCCGCCGGCAUGCUUGAUAUUCGGGUGGUGUCUCGACACUAAGCAACACUGGGUGGUGCCAUUAGUGGGCACCACUCUCUUUGGAUUCGCACUGAUGAUAAUAAUGGGAACCACAGCGACCUACUUGGUCGAUUCUCUUCCUGGGAAAGGUGCCACUGGUAAUGCGAUGAAUAACUUGGUGAGACAGUGCCUUGCCGCUGUAGCCAUAUUUGUUGCUGAGCCUGCUUUGGUUGGGGUCGGUCCUGGUAUACUUUUUUCAAUUCUUGCCGGAAUUUUGUUUGCUGCCAACAUAUUCUUACUAAUACUCAAGCGGAAAGGCGAUCAUUUUAGAGAUACAAGUCGUUUACCUAAGCUAUACGAAAAAUUAUAG